GUGCCGCAAGCUCCACCUCACCCACAACGAGUACGUGCUGCUGCUGAGCGAGGCGAGCGAGUUCGAGAGGGACUUCCGCACCGUCCUGCUGCCUGGCCUGUUGGAGUGUCAGCAGGCACUGCAGGAGGGCUUCAUCUCUUCGUGGCGCUCUGUUCUGCAAGAGCUGGCAAAGUACUCAAAUCUGAGUGAUGAGAGGUUUAGAGAGAUUCAGAACCGGAUGACCAGCUGUGCUGAACAAGUGAGGCCAUCAGAGGAGUACAAGGACUUCACAGAAAAACACAAAACAUGUCCUGUUAUUCCUGUAAACUUCUCUUUUGAUGAAUCUUUGGUGGAAGACACAUCAGGAAGUCUUGUUGCCAAUGCUCUAGCAGUAGACAAUUUAACUAUUGAUUGGCUGCGGAACAAACAAAUGGAUUUAGAAGCUAAGCUUCGAGAUAUUCAGGAGAGACAUGUUGUCCUCCGAACAGCAGCAGUUAGUGCAGAAACAAAUGGGGGCUCUUCUCCAGAAGUACACAGAUUGGCAAGUUUAGAUACAGUUCGCAAAGAAUUAAAUGACAUUCGUUGUGAAGAACAUAAAAUUUCAAGGCAAGCAGAAGUGAUAAAAGGUGCACUUGCCUCAUUAGGGUGUGAGGAGGCCCCUCCUGGCUGUGAUAUUCCUUUGGAAACAUCUUUUAUAGAUACAUCAGAACAAUUACAGGAUGACCCAUCCUCUUUAGCUCACAAGCGUCUUUGUGCUCAGCAACGUCUAGUCAGCAUUCUGAGAAAGCCUUUCCGCAGAAAAUCAGUGCCAACCUCCCCUGUAGCUGGAAGAAGAAUUAAUCACGAAGAUGGAGUGGUAGUUGGUGUAGUUGGAGAAGGAGAAAUGGACAUGGAUUCGGUAAAUCCAACAAGAUCCUUAGCAGAUGAGGAAUGGUUUCACGGAGUUCUUCCUCGUGAAGAAGUGGUGAGGCUUUUGAAACAUGAAGGAGACUUUUUAGUACGCCAAACCACAAGAAAUGAUGAAUGUCAGACUGUGCUUUCAGUAUCUUGGGGUGGACAUAAACACUUUAUAGUUCAAACUACAGCCGAGGGUCAAUACAGGUUUGAAGGUCCGGCUUUCCCAACAAUAUCAGCCUUAAUAGCUUAUCAAUACAAUAAUGGUCAACCAGUAACAAGUCGGUCAGGUGCUAUAUUGAGGCACCCUAUUCCACGAGAACGAUGGGAGUUAAAUAAUGAUGACAUAAUCCUACAAGAUAAAAUUGGACGGGGUAAUUUUGGUGAUGUUUACAAAGCUCAGUUGAAGCCAGGAAGACAAGAAGUAGCUGUAAAAACGUGUAGGGUUCAGCUGCCAGAUGAGCAUAAACGGAAAUUUCUACAAGAGGGAAGAAUCUUAAAACAGUACGAUCAUCCAAACAUUGUCCGAUUUAUUGGAAUAGCUGUUCAAAAGCAACCUAUUAUGAUUGUCAUGGAACUAGUACCAGGUGGUUCACUAUUAGUAUUUUUGCGAAAUCACUCUGCAAUGCUAACGGAGAAGCAAUUGGUUGCUAUGUGCCGCGAUGUUGCUGCUGGGAUGGAAUACCUGGAGAGUAAAAACUGCAUUCAUAGAGACCUAGCUGCACGAAACUGUCUUGUGGGCCAUGAGAACAUUGUAAAAAUUUCUGACUUUGGAAUGUCACGAGAAGAAGAGGAAUACAUAGUUUCAGAUGGAAUGAAGCAGAUCCCUAUAAAGUGGACAGCCCCUGAAGCACUAAAUUUUGGCAAAUACACCUCUCUUUGUGAUGUGUGGAGUUAUGGAAUUCUGUGUUGGGAGGUUUUCUCAAGAGGAGGAACUCCAUAUGCAGGAUUUAAUAACACAAAAGCAAGAGAAAAAAUCGAUGCUGGUUAUCGGAUGCCUUCACCAGAUGGUACCCCAGAAGAUAUGUACAGACUCAUGCUAAAAUGCUGGGACACUGAUCCAGUGAGAAGACCUCAUUUCCAACAAAUAUAUACUCUAGUUGAUACGCUUUACAACAGAUAAUUUUAUCAUGUUGUCCCAUAAAGUUAACCAUCUGUAUUGAAUAUUACUGUAUUAAUUGUAUAAUUGAUCUACCGUAUACAUGGCUAUCUACAUAAAAUCUCUAUGUGAUGGAUAUAUUUAUUAGAGUAUGUGCCACUAAAUUAAUAUUAUUAUUUGUGAUUUUCACUUAUUUGGGCAUUGAUUUACACAGUGUUUUAGUGCCUUCUAUAAGCCAUAUAGGUAGUGCAAAUGAGCACAUUAAAGAUUGAAUCUAUAUUUCAUGAGAGUAUAAGUCUCCUUAGUCAAUUCAGAGGAUUCUUCUUUAUUAAGAUAAACUAAACCAUGUAGGAGGGGAAAUUAACCGUCACAGCUAACUGAGCAAUGUAAAACUCAGUUUAUCAGCUAAUUUAUUACAACCAUUGAGCAAAGUUACUUGUCCUUGUUGAUUGUCACCUCAUGUAUUUCAUAAUCAUAAUAAGAACUUAUUUAAAUCAGAAAAUAAAGUAUUAACCAAGAACAAACUUCAUCAUAUGUUAGCUGAUCGUUCAAAACCAAAUUUCCAAAAAUAUAGUUCUUGUUCUUAAAAAUGUGAUUGUCCAAUAGAAAUAAAAGUAAAAUAAAUAUUGUAAGUCA